AUGACCAGCAUUUCGGGGCAGCCAGGCCGCUCUGUGGACAGAGGGCCAGGACUGGUGAUGGGAAGUCCCAGGCCUCCCCGUGUCCGAAGUGGACGUGACAACCCUGUUAGAGAGGACCGAAGCCCCCCGGAGGUCAAAGAGACACGCACCCAUGGCGCCGCCUCCAGUGAGUGUGGGAAAGCCUUUGGUGAGAAGCGAACCCUUAAUCGACAUCAGAAAACUCAUUCUGGAGUGAAACCCUUUGCAUGUAAUGAAUGUAAGAAAGCCUUCAGCCGUAGGACAGGCCUUACUAUCCAUCAGAGAGUUCAUACUGGAGAAAGAAUGUUUGAAUGUAAUGUGUGUAGGAAAUCCUUCAGUCAGAGGAAAAACAUGCUUUCUCAUCAGAGAUCUCAUACUAGAGAAAAACCUUUUGAAUGCAAUGAAUGUGGGAAAGCCUUCAGAAAGAAUAAGGUACUUGAAAAUCACCAGAAAAUUCAUACUGGAGAGAAACCCUUUAGAUGUGAUGAAUGUGGGAAAGGUUUCAUGAAGAAGGCAUACCUUAUUAGACAUCAGAGAACUCACACUGGAGAGAAGCCCUUUAAGUGUAAUGAGUGUGGGAAAGGUUUCCGCCAGAAAGCACACUUCACUUAUCAUCAGAAAAUUCAUGCUAAAACAAAAAAUUUUGAGUGUAGUGAGUGUAAGAAAGCCUUUGGUGACAAGGUUCUCCUUAAUAGACACCAGAAAACUCAUUCUGGAGUGAAACCUUUUAAGUGUAAUGAAUGUAAGAAAGCCUUUAGGCAAAGGACAAGCCUUAUUAUCCAUCAGAGAACUCAUACUGGAGAGAAACCCUUUAGAUGCAAUGAAUGUGGGAAAGCCUUCACCCAAAAGGCAAUCCUUAUUAACCAUCAGAGAAUUCACACUGGAGAGAAACCAUUCACAUGCAAUGAAUGUGGGAAGGGCUUCAUCCAAAAGGUUAGAAUUCAUCCUGGAGAGAAGCCCUUUUCUUGUGGUGAAUGUGGGAAAGGCUUUAGCUGGAGAGCAAACCUUAAUAGACACCAGAAAAUUCACACUGGAGAGAAACCCUUUAAAUGUAAUGUAUGUGGGAAAGCCUUCAGUGAAAAGAAUUAUCUUAUUACCCAUCAGAGAACUCAUACUGGAGAGAAGCCUUUUACAUGUAAUGAAUGUGGAAAAUCUUUCAGCCGACGUACAAACCUUAUUUCUCAUCAAAGAAUUCAUACUAGAGAGAAACCUUUUAAGUGCAAGAACUCAUACUGGAGAAAAACCUUUCACAUGUAG